GGAUGAGAAAUCGAGUGAAUAAAUCACUCGCAAUUCCCACGCAUAAACAGAUAUAUCACAAUUCCACACAAACGCAUACCUACAUCAAACACCAAGCAUCAAAUAUCACACAUCAAACAUACCUACAUAGUAAGACCAAGCACAAUGGCAAUGAACGUGGCAGCAAACCUCGCCGAGAAGGUCCUCGGCAGCGGCGACAAUGCAACAGUCACUACAGGCGUUGCGAACCCCACCGUCGACAUCGAGAAGUUCGCAGACACCUCAGUGCCCAUGAAGGCGCUGACGUGGAUGGGAAAGAAUUCCGUAGCCCUGAGCGACUCAUACAAACCACGCAUCGUGGACCCGGGUGACGUGGUCCUCAGAGUGACCGGUAGCACCAUCUGCGGCAGCGACCUACACUUGUAUCACGGUGCGGUGACGAAUAUGCAGAAGGGCGACAUCCUCGGGCACGAGUUUUGUGGUGUGGCCGACAGCGUCGGCUCAGCCGUCACCGGCAUCCAGCCCGGAAAGCGUUACGUCGCCUCCUUCCAGAUCGGCUGCGGAACGUGCAAAUUCUGCAGCCAGGGACUGUCCUCCCAGUGCGACAACACGAACGAUUCCACGGUGCAGAACAUCCUCUACGGGUCGCGGACUGCGGGUCUGUUCGGAUACUCGCACCUCACUGGAGGCUAUGCGGGUGGCCAGGCGGAGUACGUGCGUGUGCCGUAUGGAGAUGUCAACCUCCUUGAGCUGCCAGACGAUGUGCCCGACGAGCUUGGCCUGUAUCUUAGUGACGUUCUCCCCACAUCCUACAACGCUGUGCAGGACACCCGCGUGUAUCCCGGCGACACCGUGGCGAUUUGGGGCGCGGGGCCGAUCGGUCUCAUGGUGGCGGCGUUUGCGUUUAAGAAUGAGGCCAGCAGAGUCAUCAUGGUCGACAGUGGUUGGAGACUCGACUACGUCAAGAAGAAGCUGCCGAAUGCCGAGACCCUCGACUACAAGGCGCUCGGCUCGGGCAAGUCGGUCACCGCCGAGAUCCACGAGAGGGUGCCGGGCGGUGUGGAUGUGUGCAUUGAGUGUGCAGCCGGCGAGUACGCCAAGGGCUGGGGCCACUACUUCGAGAUGCUUCUCGGCAUGGAAACUGACACCUCCGAGAUCAUCAACGAGAUGAUCACGUCGACAAGAAAAUUCGGCCGCUGCGGAAUCACCGGUGCCUACAUCGGCUUCACAAACCACUUCAAUAUUGGCUCUUUGAUGGAGCGCGGCAUCCGACUCAUCGGUAACGGACAGGCGCCGGUACACAAGUACUGGAAGGACCUGCUGAAGAUGGUACAGAGUGGCGAGGUUGACCCUGGAAUCAUGCUGACCCACCGUGUCUCGCUCGAUGAUAUGGCCGAGUUGUACAAGCGGUUCGAUGCCAGGAAAGAGGAGGAUGGGAUUAUGAAGGUGUUCGUGGAGACCAAGUUCUCCGCGCCGAGAGCUGAAGGAACACCGGCUUUGACGAAGCUGUAGGUUGGAUGGAGGGAUGGAAUGGGCGUGAUGAUUAAUGAUUUGUGAUAUGUAUUGGAAUGUAUGAACAUUAGUGAUAGAAGCAAUUGGUUACACUGCAA